AUGCUUGCGUGGCCGCAUGGACGUGCGAUCGUCGGCGAGUGCAGACGCGAAACUUGCGACAGCGCUGCCGGCAGCGAGGGGGCUGACAGCCAAGAACGCCUGAGAGAGAGACGCGGCACACCGAGCCGCCAGCGGAGACGAGCAGCGCCGCAGCAGAGCCGCCCCCCCAAAGAGACCCAAGAAAAGACUCAGAAAUAUGGAGACCCAACGUUUGGAGCGCCAGAGAAGAGCCCAGGAGGACCGCAGACCAACGAGCAGAAGAGGAAAUGGCAGGCCAGGACAAUGGAGCCAUGA